AUCAGGACGGUAGAAGGCUGGAAGGUGGUCUUGGCACCAGAGGAUCGGGAGCGGAUAAUCAGGAGGGUGCACGCACGGCAGUUGGGGCAAUACGGCAUGAGAAAUUGGGGCAAUAUGGCAGUGCACGCACCCGGCAACUGCUGGCCAGUAGCUACUGGUGGGCAGGGAUGAGGAAGGAGGUGGCUGAGAGAGUGGGGAAAUGUGAGACAUGCCAGAAAAACAAAGUGGUGUUAGAACGAGGACGGGAAGAGCUGCAGUCCCUGCCAAUACGGGGACUGGGAUUCCGAUGGUCUCUGGACCUGGCAGGAGAAUUGCCACUCUCACGGCGAGGCAAGCAGUACAUUGUAGUAAUGGUAGAGCACACCAGCAAAUGGGUGGAGGCGAGAGCACUGUCCAGCAAGAGUAGUGUGCUCAUCAAAGAAGCCUUUGUCGAGCAAGUGCUGAGCAGGUUCGGGGCCUGAGGGGAAGUUCUAACGGACCAAGGGACAGAGUUUCAAGGGGCGUUUGAUGGCAUGCUGAAGGAAGCCGGCAUCACACACAGGCAGACAUCUCGCUACCAUCCGCAGUCGGACGGCCUGAAAGAGAGACUCAUCCAGACAAUCAAGAAGGGGUUGAGGGCGUACAGUGAAGGGCAGAAGCGAGAUUGGGAUCUGGAACUGCCAUGGGUGCUGGCCGGAUACCGUUUCGCAAAGCAGGCCGCCUUGCAAGACACGUCUCCGUAUCACCUAUUGUACGGGAGGGAACCAGUACUGCCGGUAGAUGCACCGAAGCUACUCAGUGACGUAGUGACAGCAGGAAACGCCGAGAACUGGGCGGCACUGGCAAGUAAGCAGGCGGCGUACCUAAAAGAGCUACUGCCUGCAGCAUUGAAAAAUCUUCAUGUGACAGAACUCAGAGAUGCCAGACGCUACCAACAGCGAAAGGAGGGAGGGACAGGAGGAGGCCCAUCACGAGAGCGAAGGUGGGGAAGUCUAUCCUCACUGAGCAAAGAAAGACGCAUUAGACAUAGCUGUGGGGUCGGAGCGGUGUAAGGUGAAAGAGGUCAGAGCAUCAGGGGUGCUGGUCCUGGAGAAUGAUCAAGGGGAGCGCCGGCGGGGGUACAUCACGAAUGUAGCAGCCGCCAGCAAUAUGGCAACCAAGACACAUGGUCCCGUCACCAGAGCAGUGGCAGCACAUGCCUUGGCACGGGAGGGGGCAGGAUAGCUUGGUUGACACAUGACGCUGUGAAAGCAGAAAAGACUAAAAAGGGGGGGGAGGAACCUGGCUGGAAGUCAAGAGUCAGGAACACAGCUAGGGAGGAGGAGACAGGAGCAGAGACGGCAUGGAACAUGACACCUGUCAUGUUAUCAGAGCCGGAGGAGGCUCCAGAUGGGAUUCCAUAUCAGGAAAAGAGAUUGAUGGCAGGGUAUAAGAAAGCGAGAUAAAAGAACUGUAGAAAGGUGUUUCAUGUGAGAGUUGGAGAAGCCGAGGUGGGACGGCCGUAUCGCAGAUGACGGCAAUCGAGGACCACAUGAGGUCAGCCUGGGUGAGUCGCGGGGUAGUCACAAGCUCUCUAGGGAAUUCCAGGCGCCAUCACAAAGAGUAAUUGGAAGUAGCCAGCUGGGGAGAGGAGGUGAAACCCUCGAGAGUGUUGUGAUAUAAUUCAUACUUAGCGUUUCUGUAAGUCGAUUAUCGGUAGAUAGUGUCGAAUCCCACUGUAGAAUAUAAUUCCGUAGGAUGGCGUCAGCAAAUAGCGCUCAUUAAGAGGACAGUCGUAUCAGUCACGCGAACAGUUGCAUCUCUUCAUUAUCAUCUAGGGCGCAUAGCGCGAUAGUGAUGAACAUGUACAUUAGCAAAUAGGUACUUUCCUAGAGCUAUAUAUCCUUGUUACCGUAAUCCCCCGGAUAUAACACCCUAUGGUGGAUAUAAUCAUUCAUUAAAAAUUUGACUGGGUG